CACACAAUACGCACAUGAAUUUCAACUUAGAAAAUAAUUCCUUUGGAGAAAACAAGUACAAGCGGAACAAAAAUUCCUCAGAAGAACGGAAAGUCAACAGUAAUGGCGAUUGCAGGUCUUUACCGCAGAGUCCUCCCUUCCCCUCCAGCGAUCGAAUUCGCUUCCCCGGAAGGAAAGAGUCUCUUCACUGAAGCUUUAGGAGAUGGAACCAUGGAAGGGUUUUUCAAGCUCAUCUCUUACUACCAAACCCAAUCGGAGCCUGCUUACUGUGGCCUUGCCACCCUUUCCAUGGUCCUCAAUGCGCUUUCAAUCGAUCCCGGAAGAAAAUGGAAAGGCCCUUGGCGAUGGUUUGAUGAUUCGAUGCUUGAUUGCUGCGAACCUUUGGAAAAGAUCAAAACCGAAGGGAUCACAUUUGGGAAAGUUGCGUGUUUGGCGCAUUGCAAUGGGGCUAAAGUUGAACCCUUUAGGACCGAUGAGAGCACGGUGGAUGAGUUCCGCACACGUGUAGUCUCGUGUUCCUCUUUGGAGGAUUGUCAUGUAAUCUCCUCGUACCAUAGAGGAGUUUUUAAGCAGACUGGAACUGGCCAUUUUUCACCAAUUGGGGGUUACCAUGCUGGAAGAGAUAUGGUUCUCAUAUUGGAUGUUGCUCGGUUUAAAUAUCCUCCCCAUUGGGUUCCUCUUACACUUGUCUGGGAUGCCAUGAACACUAUUGAUGAAUCAACGGGACACCGUAGGGGGUACAUGAUAAUUUCAAGGCUUGAUAGAGCUCCGUCUAUUCUUUAUACAGUGAGUUGCAGCCAUGAAAGUUGGAACAGUGUUGUGAAGUACUUAAUAGAAGAUGUCCCUCUCCUCUUGAAGUUAGACGACAUGAAAGAUGUUCAGGAAGUACUUUCUGUAGUUUUUAAGUCACCACCUGCUGAUUUGAGAGAGUUCAUCAAGUGGGUUGCGGAAGUUCGGAGUCAAGAGGAUGGGAGUUUAUUUUUGAGUGAAGAGGAGAAAGGAAGGCUAGCUGUAAAGGAAGAGGUAUUGAAACGAGUAAGAGACACUGAACUCUUCAAGCAUGUAUCCAAAUGGUUGACCUGUGAAAGUGUUCUUUGCAAAGAAACCAAAUCUUCUGGUGAUAACAGUGCAUUGCCCAAGAUAGCUGCAAAGGUUUGCUGCCAAGGAGCUCAAAUUUUGGCUGGGAAACUUUGCUCACCCAAUGAAUUGUUCUGCAGACAAACUGAUGUUAAACUUUUAAAGGCUGAUGGUGAAAGGCCUGUAACAGUUGUAUCAGGAACUGUAAGGACAAAUGGCUCGGAACAAGGAGUUGAUAUGCUGGUACCGUCAUUUCGUCCCGAGCCAAGUAGUUUGUGUGCCUUUGAUCAAGGUAGUUGCAAAGGUAUGCACCCUUCAACCGGUGAUGUUCUAACUAUACUUUUGUUGGCGCUGCCUGAGCAAACAUGGUCGGGCAUUAAAGUGGAGGAGCUUAGGGAAGAAAUUUUCAGUCUUUUAGCAACUGACCACCUCCCCAGUUUGCUUCAAGACGAGGUUCUAUACUUGAGGCGCCAGAUUCAUUUCCUCAUGACUGAUCUUGGGGCUCCUAAUCCUUGAUUAGCAUAUAAUUGCUCAUCUGCUAAAUUUUCCUCCCAAACAACAGUAUAUAAAGAUACUGAUAUUAAGUGGAGACGAGAUACAAUGACAAUUACUGAAACUAUAUAUUUACUUGUGCAAUCGUCGUUGCAUGGUUCCAGAAUGAUUAAGUGUACUCUGGAUAUAAACUUCUUGAAUAAAGAUAUAUACUAAAUUUCAUGGGGGUUGUUUUUUGCAUUUUUG